GAGCUUGUAAGUUAUCUCAAACCACGAAAGCCCAAAUGGCCUCAGCAUCCAUGUAUCGUUCUCCAGGAUUUGACUUUUCGAAUACGCUACGUAAUGACUUCCUGGCAGAGAAGGGGCUCCCAGUGCCGAAAGCAACCAGCACCGGUACAACGAUCGUGGGCUGUCUGUUCAAGGAUGGCAUCGUGCUUGGUGCAGAUACGCGUGCGACAGGAGGCCCUAUCGUAAUGGACAAGAACUGUGAAAAGAUUCACUACAUCACAGAAUCCAUUCGUUGCUGUGGUGCAGGUACUGCUGCAGAUACCGAAUUUACUACCGCUCUUAUCUCAUCGAACAUGGAGCUGCACGGCCUGUCGACCGGUAGAAAGCCUAAGGUUGUAACUGCAAUGACAAUGUUAAAGCAGAUGUUAUUCCGAUACCAGGGUCAAAUAGGUGCUGCUCUUGUGCUCGGAGGAGUCGAUGCUACAGGACCUCAUCUGUUCACCAUCCACCCACACGGGUCAACUGACAAACUACCAUACGUGACCAUGGGUUCUGGUAGUUUGGCAGCCAUGGCCGUCUUUGAAAGCGGCUGGAAGCCAGACAUGGAGCGAGAGGACGCUCUCAAACUCGUAACAGCUGCGAUCUCUGCUGGUAUUUUCAACGAUCUUGGUUCUGGUUCCAAUGUGGACGCCUGCGUCAUAACGGCAUCUCAUACAGAGAUGCUACGAAACUUUGUCAAGCCAAACGAGCGAGUAGAGAAAGAAAGAAAGUACAAAUUCCGAAGAGGAACCACUGCCUGGAAAACUGAGAAUGUUCGCAACCUUGUAGUCAGUGAAGAGAUCACGCCUAUAGUAGGAGGGGACGCAAUGGAUAUCAGCUAGAUUAUCUGUACCACUUUUCUUGUACUCAUCAACCAAAUGCAUUUAUCCAUCAAAUAUUUUUCC